UGCGGCAACGAGAAAAGGAAAUACAAAUAUAUUUUGCUUCACUUGGCACCAAAAGGGUAUGUUUUUGACAGUUGGUACCAUCUAAGGUAGAUAACAAUGGCAAAAGUGCAGAAUCUUUCUUUAACGCACCAUUAAAAAGGUGCACUUAUUGUUUUUUGUGUUGAAAUUGAAGGUUGCAACCGGAAGUGUGGUGAAGCAAAACAAAGCUUGACAGAAGAGUUGCCGCAUGUUUAAGAUGAUAGCCACAGAAAACAUGUUGUAGAAAAGUGUGUUUAUUUACACCACUCAUCAUUAAAAGAGCAUUGCGUGAAUGAGACGUAGCAGCACGUGUCAGCGAUGCUCGGGGCUGUAGCUCAUCGAGUCUCCUUGUGUAUGGGGCUUGCCCGCUGUUUGCGUCCAGUCGUCCCGAGGGUCAUCUCCGCCUGUCCUCAGCACACCUCACGCGGGCAGGGGUCCCAGAAACAACCGCUGAAGCAGUGGGCUCUGUCGGUCAGUCCCUUCACAUCUGUACGGGCGCAGCUGGCCUCCUGCAGCAUCUCCGUCACACCCUUAGACCCCCACGCCUUCCCUGAAGCUGACCGGGCUUUCAUCACCGUUCACGGGGUCAGCAAAGGACCAAAGACCGCUCUGGACCACUGCCAUGUCCACUAUGAUGAGGAGAGAAGAGAACUGAAGAUCACAAGAGGAGAAGGAAAUGGCGAGUUAUCGAUAGAUCUGGAAGCACCAAUCAAAAGCAAUCUUUUCAUCACCACUCAGGGAAGAGGUCAUGUGCGCAUCAGUAAAAUGGAGUGUGAUUUCUGCAAAGUGGCCACACAAGAGGGAAACUGCACCCUCCACUCGGUCAAAGGCCACCAUGUUGAAGUGAGGUCUUCUGGAGGAUGCGUCACUGGUCUUGGUACUAUCCAUGGAAACGUGAACAUCAUCUCCAGUGGAGAAAGUGAGGUGGAUGUGAAAAAACUCCAGGGUACUACUAUGAAUGUGUCCACUGAACAUGGCUCUCUGAAGGUGAAGGCCAUCUAUGCGGAGUCCAGCAGCAUCUCAUCCCAUACAGGGAAAAUAGAACUUGGACAUGUGCAUGGAAAUGCCACAGUGAAAAAUGAGUCUGGGGAUACUAUCAUAGAUGGUUCAAAUAGCUUCAUGCAGGUGUCCUCUCACAGUGGAGACAUAGACCUCUAUGUAGGAGAUGGUGGCUCUGCACAUGUCUUUAGUGAACAAGGAGCUGUGUGUGUGCGGGUCCCCUCCAGUUUAAGAGCAGGGGUGGAACUGUGUGGAGCAUCUGUGGACAUCAGCCCAGAGGUGAUGUUUCACGAAACAGGAAAGCAUCAGGCUCCAGGCCAGACCACAGUUAUGGGUUUUGUAAAUGGGGAGUCUCAAACAGAACAAUCCCACCUCAGUGCUCAGACUAAAACAGGCUCUGUCACACUGAAGACACAAAGCUGGUUUGAGUCACUUAAAUUGAGAAGUUGAUCAAACAAAAUGACUGUAUGAAAAUAUGAAAAAGUCAUUAGGGGGCAGCAACAGCCUGGACAAAAAUCACGCAUGCACCAUGAUUUUGACAAUGAUAUUUUGAUAUUUAUGUGGUUCGAAGGUAAUGAAUGGCAAAUAAUACCCAAGCUAAGAUAUUGGUAUUUGAUGUUUAAUUUACAUAAAAGCCUCUAAAACCGUAUCUAGUACUUGCUGUCUUAAUGCACUAAUAAUAUAUGUCAAAAUUUGUAUCUCUUAAUUAUAGAUUUGUGGUUUACUUCUGGGAAACUUUACAUUAUUAAAUUGGCACUAGCAAGAUUCCACAGGACAGUUCACACCAUCUCCGUCCAAAAUGAGCCAACGAAUAAAAUACAGGCUCUCAUUUGAUUCUGGUAAUAUUGGUUUUAGAUCCACAUAUAUACUCUUGCAGUAAAAUGCCAGUAAAAGCCCAGGAGGCAGAUACUGAAACAGAACAACAUGCUUUCAAAGUGUAGUGAGAAGAAAUGAGUCAUUCUCACAGCUCUAAUGAACCCACGUGGAAAUGAUUAUUAGAAUAAAACGUGAUGCUCCUUAACAGGUACACAGUUGUUUAUGGAUAUGUAACUUUGUACUUGCUGUUCUUGACACAAUGAAUUAUGCUCUUUUUCUUGCCAAGUAAGUAAAGUAAGAUUUUACCAUUUGAAUUUUAUAUCAAAUGGAAUUGCAAUGUGCACUAUGAAUCCUUUGUGGUGUCGGUUUGCCACUUGCUUGUCUCCAAGGAGAUGUUAUUACUUUGCAUGGAAUGUUCCACAAUCAAUGAGAUGUUACACAGUAAAUCUCAAUCA